AUGAAGAUCAGUAAGAGGGAGGCGUUCUGGCAGAGGUCAGAGAGAGAAGAGGAGCGGAGGAAGGAGGCCGAGCGUCUGAGACUGCAGGAGGAGCGGAUCAACCUGGAGAAGGAGCGCAUCCAGAGAGAGAGGCAGGAGGAGGAGGAGAGAGACCGCCGCAUCCAGGAGAAGGAGAGGAUGGUGGAGGAGCAGAGAAAGGAGCAGGCACGUAUAGAUGCAGAGCGUCGGAGGAUGGAGAAGGAGCGAUGGGCUCAGCAGCAGAAGGAAUUUGAAGAGGAGAUGAGGGGACGGAUUCGCCGGAGUCAGUCCAUUGAAAUGGCCGCGGAAGCAGCUGCCCUGGUUUCCGGCCGGUCCCUACAUCCCCGUGACUUCUUUCGUCAGCAGGAACGUUCCGUGUCCAGCUCCUUCUCACCACCUUCAACUCCUAGCUCUCCAUCAAAGUCCUUCUCAGGAUUUUUUAACAGACCAACGCCCCGCUAUCAGCGCAGCAUGACGGAGUCCAUCCUGACACCCCCAAGCCGAAGUCCAACGUUCUUCCAUGGUUAUCAAAAACGAGAUUCAUUCAGGUCACUCUCCCCCAGCAUGCCUCAGCAGUGCUCACCAGCCUUUAUCUUCUCCAAGUCUCCUCUUCCUGGGAUGUCUCCAAAGGUGGAUUCAUUACCUUCAUUCAUCCCCCCUCCAAUAACUGCAACUCGAGUGACCCCAACACAGGUCAAAGGAAGUUCUCCACAAUCACACCAUACAGCGCCCAAGACUACCACCAAUGAUGUUCCAGUCAGAGCCGAGUACGUCACCGUGACUCCAGCUGAGCCCAGUGCUGCAGCCUCAAACAUCAAUGCACAGGCAAGACCCCAACACGAAGACCCUCAGUCAGGCGAUGUGUUCAGGGCAGAGCUUGUGCCAGUGGACUCCCCAUCACCACCUCAGUCUGGGGUGCAGGAGCAUCCAAAUAAAGCAGCAAUAUCUCCAACAGCAAUAAAAGCCACCGUAUCUGUGUCCUCUCCAGUGACAGAGAUGGCAUUAACUAGUCCAGCACCAAUUUCAGAGGCCAAAACACCUGCCAGUCCACAAAGGACAGAGACUGUAGUACCAGCACCUUCUCCUGCACUCGGGAGUAUACAACCAACUACUACAUCUGCUGCACAAGUGACUACACCCACUCCAACCGCACAGAUCUCACUAUCUUCUGCUCUACCCAGAAACAAGACCACGGUCAUCAAUGAAACUGCCCUGUCCAGCAACUCAGCAUUAUCCUAUGAGCCCAAAGUAUCUCCUGUUCCGAAUUCUUUAGUGUCUUUGUUGGCUCCCAUCCCGUAUACCCCUUAUCGCACACAGAGGGCAGAUAGUUUCAGCUCGAGGAGCUCUUUUAGUGCUGCCCCAUUAGGUGAGACUCCAUCAGUUGUUUCCCCAGGAAGUCUAAACCGUGAAACUUCACUGAGCUCUGCUGUUGACUUCUCAAAAAUAUUGGAAGCUAAAUAUCCACCCCCUGGUGAAUUCAACCAAACUUCAUCCACACGCACCCCACCUGUCCCUGUACCUGUGCGCCCACUAAACAGCUCACCUGUAUAUCAGCCAACUAUGGUACAAGCCACAGUGACUUUCCCCGUCUUUAGACCCAUCACCUCAGAGAACUCUUUAAUGCCUCAGCCAAAUUCUACUCCACAAGAAAUCCAACCAAUAGACUCGGUACCAGAAUCGGCCUCCCUUCCUGUCUAUGUCCCAGCUAAAUCCUAUCCCAGUUACAACCAAGUUGACAUUCCAGACUCUCUGGUUCCUUCUGUACAAAGCUACUCUCUAUCUCAACCAGAUGACAUCCACACUGAUAAUGUGUCACCACAGUCUAUGACCACAUCUUCCGGCCUUUUCAAUGGGAAUUCUCAAGAACUUGAACUGAACAAUAAUCAAACCCAAGUGUUAUCUCCUGCAAGAACAUUGGAUACUCAAUUCAAUAAUAUCAGUGAUAGUCUGUUACCACAGUCAUCUCCGGUGUCCCCAUCCAUACCCUUGAACUUGACUGAAGUGCAACCAUCUAAGGUCCAAGCUGACAUAUUACCAAGAGAAUCUUCACCAGGAGUUUUGUCUCUUGGCACCAAGACAUCAUCUGAAUCUCCAAUCAAUGCUAACAAUGGUGAUGUUGCAUUACCGUCACCUAUAUCUCCACUCCUUCCCAACGCAACCUUAGCUGAAUUCCAUCCUAAUAUUCAAACCAAUGUUCUAACACAAAAGACUUCAUCAUCUUCUUCAACUAUUCCCACUGAGAUAUCAGCUGAAAUUCAGAAAAAUACUUUCCAAGCUGAUGUUCUUUUGCCAGAGCCUUUACCUACAUCUCCAUCUCUUUCCACCGAAAGUGAAGCUGGACCACAACUGAAUAAUAUUCAUUCUGAUAUCUUAUUAGUACAGCCUUCACCUGAACCUCCAUCCAUCACAACUGAAAGAUCUUCUGGACCUCAGCUCAAUGUUAAAGCUGAUUUACCUUUUAUAGAGUCUUUAUCUGAACCUCCAUCCAUUACCCCCAAAGACUCUUCUACACAGCAACUAACUAAUGUCCAAGCUGAUAUUCCAUUAGUAGAACCUUCACCUAUAUCUUCAUCCAUUACGAGUGAAAGUUCAGCCAAGCCUCUACCUAACAGUCUGCUGGCUAAUAUUCCAUUAGUAGAGCCUUUACGUGAACCUCCAUGCAUCACCACUGAAACAUCUUCUGGACUACAACUGGAUGCCCAAGCAAAUAAACUAUUAAUAGAAUCUUCAUCUGAAUCUUCAUCCAUUACCUUGAAAGGUUCUUUUGAAUCUGAACUUCAUAGCAUCCAAGCCAAUAUUCUAUUACCAGAACCUUUAUCUGGAUCUUCAUCACUUCCUCCUGGUAGAUUAACCGAACCCCAAUCCAUUAAUGUCCAAACUGAGUCUUUACCUGAACCUCCAUCCUUUACCACUCAAGACUGGUCUGAACCUCAACUAAAUAUUGUCCAAGGAGACAUUCCAUUCCUAGAGCCUCCCCAUGUAUCUUCAUCUUUUCUUAUGGAGAGCUCUAUUGGACCUCAAACAAAUGAUACACAAGCUGAGUCUUUACCAGAACCUCCAUCCAUUACUACUGAAGGCUGGUCUGGACCUCAACUAAAUAUUUUCCAAGGAGACAUUCCAUUCCUAGAGCCUCCCCAUGUAUCUUCAUCUGUUCUUAUGGAGAGCUCUAUUGGACCUCAAACAAAUGAUAUACAAGCUGAGUCUUUACCAGAACCUCCAUCUACUACUACCGAAGGCAGGUCUGGACCUCAACUAAAUAUAGGAAGCAUUCCAUUCAUAGCGUUUCCCUCUUUAUCUCCAUCCCUUCUGACAGAGAGCUCUUAUGGACCUCAGUCAAAUAAUACCCCACAUGAGUCUUUACUAGAACCUCCAUCAAUUACCACUGAAGCCUUGUCUGGGCAAGCAGACAUUCCAUUCGUACAGCCUUUGCCUGUAUCUUCAUCCCUUUUGACGGAAGGCUCUUCUGGAUUUCAAUCAAAUAUUAUAAAGGCUGAGUCUUUACCAAAACCUCCGUCCAUUACCAAUGAAGUCUUGUCUGGAACUCAACUAAACAUUGUCCAAGAAGACAUUCCAUUCAUAAAGCCUCCCUCUGUAUCUUCAUCCAUUCCUGAUGAACACUUGUCUGGACCUCAGGCAAAUAUUACCCAAUCUGAGGUUUUACCAGAACCUCCACCAAUUCCUUCUGAAGGCUCCUCUGGACAUCAACCACAUAUUGUCCAAGAAGACAUUCCUCUAAUAGAGCCUCUGUCGACAUCUCCAUCCCUUUUUUUGGAGAGCUCCUCUGGACCUCAGUCGAAUAAUAACCAAGCUGAGUCUUUACCAGAACCUCCAUCUUUUACUACCACAGACUCUCCUGAACCUCAACCAUAUGAUAUCCAAGCUGAUAAUCCGUUACUGGAGUCACUUGUAGCUCCAUCCAUUCCCACUGAAAGCUCUGCCAAAUCUCAGAUUAGUGAUAAUGGAGAAGGUGUCGUCUUACAAGAGAUUUCCUCUAAAUGUGCAUCUCGUGAGAGCUCAGAAGAAGCACAAGAGAAUGACAUCCAUGCUCAUACCCAGUCUUCAGUUUUAUUGCUUCCCACUGAAAUCUCAACUGGACAUUACAAUGAGCAAGUUCAACCUAUCACUCUAUCAAUGGAGUUUUCUCCUAUAUCACCAUCACCUCAGACCACAAGCUCACCCAAACCAUGUCCAAAUAUCCUAGUUGACAUUCCAUUGACAGGGUCUUCAUCUGCAUCUUCAUCCUUACCCACAGAUGGUUCCUUCGAAUCUCAACCAAAUGAUAUCCAAAUUACCACACAGUCAGCAGAGGUCUUACCUAUAUCUUCAGCUUUACUCACAGAUGGUUCCUCCGAGUCUCAACCACCUGAUAUCCAAACUAACACACAGUUAGCAGAGGUCUUACCUGUAUCUUCAUCCGUACCCACAGAUGGUUCCUUCGAAUCUCAACCAAAUGAUAUCCAAACUAACACAAAGUCAGCAGAGGUCUUACUUGUAUCUUCAUCCUUACCCACAGAUGGUUCCUUCGAAUCUCAACCAAAUGAUAUCCAAACUAACACACAGUCAGCAGAGGUCUUACCUAUAUCUUCAGCCUUACUCACAGAUGGUUCCUCCGAGUCUCAACCCUCUGAUAUCCAAACCGAUGUACAGUCAGGAGAGCUCCUAUCUAUAUCUUCAUCCCUACCCCUUGAGGGUUCUUCCGAGUCUCAACCUAAUGAUAUAGCAGAGUUGUUACCUAUAUCUUCAAUCCAACCCAAUGAUCAGUCCUCUGAAUUUUCACCCAGUAAUAUCCAAUCUGACAUAGAGUUCACAGAGCCCCUACCUGUAUCUUUAUCUGUUCCCACAGAAAGUACAGCUGAGCUUCACCAAAAUGAUAUAUAUCCUUACAAUGAAUUAGGAAACUCUACAUGUCCUCCCACUGAAGUCUCAACUGAGUCUCAACUUGUCCUAGGAGACAUUUUGCUACAAGAAUCGGUAUUGACAUCUUCCAACCUUCCCAUUGGGCUAUCCCCUGAAGCACAACCCAGUGGUUACAGAAGUGAUGGUCAAUCACUAGAGUCUACAGCUGCAUCUCUUGGUCCUUCAUGCAAAUCCAAGGCUGAUGAUGACCAACCUUGCACUCUCGUACAAGAAUCUUCAUCUGUUCCCAUCUAUGGCUCUUCUGAACCUCAAUUGAAUAAUUCAGAAGCGGACAUUCCACCACAAGAGCCUCCACCUGCACCUCCAGCAGAGGCUCAACCUGAAAAUGUCCAGACUGACCUUUUAAUGACAGAGUCUUCACCUAUAGAAGAGUCAUCAUGUAUUACCACUAUUAUCUCCAGUGGACCUGUACCACUUAAAGCUCAGGAAGAGAUUUCACUCGUAGAGACUUCACCAGUGUCCUUACCCCCAUCAACGGACUUCCCACCAUCUAUUAACAAUAGCACUCCCAGCCUUAGUGAAGAGUCUUUACCUAUUACUAUACAAAGUAAGGAGUCAUUAGUUUCUACCCUCCCUUCCAACAGCACAUCCUACAACGGUGGUAAACCAAAUGAGGUUCUAUCAGAUUAUAUACUCCCUCUUCCCAUCCCCCUUCUAGAAGUUCCCUUUGAUCAGUCUUUACCAUCUACCCUUUCCUUUGAUAGCUCACCCGAAUUUCCCUUAAGAAGCCCCUCUCCACCAUGUGAAAUUGUAUAUGCCGAGAAGGUCCUUUUGGUUGAAGACCCUCACCCAGGCAGCCCACCAAUUAAUGAAAAUUUUAUUGCACUUGAGUCGGUGCCAACUAUCAGCCCUGGUGAACUUGAGUCCACAUGCGGUGGUUUACAGCCUACGGAGAACAUACUUGUCCAUUAUGUGCUGCCCUCCAAUAAUAUCACUGUAGAUGAAGAUUCAGCAUCUGCCCCCAAACUGGUACCAGAUGGUGCUCAACUUCUCCACCAGCAGCUCAACAGCAACUCUUCCGAAGCUUUGCUUUGAUCUAUAGACUGCACUUACCUGGACUUUAAAGAUAGUGGAGAUAAUUUUUAACAUCUGGUCAGGUGAAAAUGUCCGGCAUAAGAUUCACCUCCAAGUAUUGUCUCCCAUUGGGGUGAUGAUAAUAUUGCCACCCAUGAUAAAGAAAAAGAAGGCAGGGUGCUAUUAUAGUCACUUAUAAAAGAAGGAGACAGUUCAUUAAUGUUAACUAUAAACAGGGAAACAUCUCCAAGUCACUAUCGCUAACUAUGAUCAACACCUUCAGACAUUGGGCAUCCAUCAGUCAGAAGACAGCACCUGCCAUUGAACACCCAUUAAACAGAAGACGGCUCUAGUCAUUGACCACCCAUUAAUCAGAAAGACUCUUCCAGUGUUUGGGCACUCUUCAACCAUUGGGCACUCUUUGAUCAAAAAAGAAGCCUUCAGUCACUGAGCACUCCUCAACCAAAAAUAUGCCUUCACAGUCACUGAACACUUACCAACCAAGAAUAUGCCUUCAGUCACAGCACCCCUAAACCAAGAAUAUGCCUCCAGUCACUGAACACCCCUCAACCAAGAAGAUGCCUUCAGUCCCUGAGCACCAGUCAACCAAGAAGAUGCCUUCAGUCCCUGAGCACCAGUCAACCAAGAAGAUGCCUUCAGUCCCUGAGCACCAGUCAACCAAGAAGAUGCCUUCAGUCCCUGAGCACCUCUCAACCAAGAAGAUGCCUUCAGUACCUGAGCACUCCACAACCAAGAAGAUGCCUUCAGUUAUUAAGCAUCCACCAAUAGGGAAGACCCACCCAAUCACUGAGCACCCAUCAAUCAAGAAGGUGUUUCCCCAUCAUUGAGCACUCUUCAGAAGACAACGCCAAUCAUUAAACCACCAUCAUUUUUAAAGAUGCCGCCACUCAUUAACUACCCAUCAAUCAUAAGAUGCUUCUGAGCUCUCAUAGACAAGAAGACCCCUCCAGUCACCUCGAACCCUUCAGUCAAGAAGACACGUCCAAAAAAUGACAUCUCCAAUCAUCUACUCCCAUCUCAACUGAUGAUGAAGAGGAGUUCUCAUGUCUUACAUGAUAGAAUUGAGAACCUGAUCCACCUGUGCACUUAUCUUUUGUAAAAUAACUGAAGGACGUAACAUCACGUAAUUGUAGAACAGACAUUUCCACCAUCAAAUCUUAGUCUUGUACUGAACCCUCAUCUUGUUGUAUGUAAUGUCUACUUAUUACAUGGGUUGAGAAGAUGGCACCAUCACACUGUCACAUGAUAAGAUGGCAUCAUUACACUGUCAAAUAAUGAGGAGAUGGCACCAUCAACAUUGGCACAAGGAGAUAGCCUCAUCACAUAUGUACACGAUGAGGAGAUGGCAUCAUCACAGUGUUACAUGAUGAAGGGCUGGCCCUAUCACAUGAUCACAUGACAAGGGAUAGCAUCACCAUAUGAUAAGGAGAUGGCACCAUGACAUGAUCACAUGAGGAGAUGGCACCAUCACAAUGUCACAUGAUGAGAAGAUACCACCAUGAUAUGAUACAUUAGCAGAUGUCACCAUCACAUUGUCACAAGAGUAGUAGGGGGUGGCACUCUUAUAUGAUCACGUGAUGAGAAUAUACCACCAUGACAUGUCACAUUAGGAGAUGUGACCAUCACAUGGUAACAUGAGUGUGUGGCACUAUUACAUGGUCACAUGAUGAGUGAGUGGAUGGCACCAUCACAUUUCCAUAUGAUGAGAAGAUUGGCAUGGUGUGGCUGGUUCACACUGAGCUUUGUGGAUGUUUUGAGGAUUCGUUCUCAGGGGACCCCACAUUGUGUCACAUAUAAAUAUAUAUAUCUAACCUGUCACUAAAUGUAUAAUAUAAUGGUAGAGAUGAAUAAACACAGUAUGGUAUCAU